CAUUGCACAUGACAGGCCUACAUCGGCAGAUCAAAUGGAAGGACGUUGGAAGAUUGUUUCUCCCUCAGGACAACUUGAAGGGGAUGCUUAUCUUCCAUCCAAGCUUAGCCUGCUCGGGACCCGUCAAUUCGCCCGUGAUCAUUCCUUGGUGGCCCGGGCCAGAACCACAAGUAAACUCGAACGUGUCGCAUGAUGCGUUUCUCCGAGUCCCUGAGCUGAAGUUAGGCUGUCGGGGCUCGCCCCGGAGUCUCCUGCAGCCUGGACUCGUUUACGUCUGAGACUUUGAUUGCUUGUGCUGAGACUUCUGUGUCAGCGAUGGUAUCUGCGACUACCAAGAUAUACCUGAUUGCCCUUCAUACAUCCCUCGCUGGGAUGUUGUGGGGGUUAGAUACCGGUUCCAUUGGUCCUAUAACCCAGAUGGAACAGUUCGCCAGCUCUAUUGGCCAUCUCUCAUCAGGCGUCCUCGGGAUUUACGUCGCGUGUAUUCUUCUAUCUGCCUCCUUCUCUUCGCUAUGCAGCGGUUACGUAGCUGACUUGCUAUCCCGCAAGUACGGUAUCCUAACCGGAGGCAUCGUAGUCCUCCUAGGAACGAUCAUCUCUGCCUCCGCGAAAACCUUCCCUGUUCUCGUAUGCGCACGACUGAUCACUGGAAUCGGACAGGGUCAGAGUAUCUCUGUCGUCACCAUUUACCUCUGCGAGAUUUCUCCGCAAGAGAUUAGAGGGACGGUUGCGACGAUGUUGCAGUUGCUCAUUACUAUCGGGAUCGCUUUGGGGUAUUUUGUCGCUUAUGGGUCGUCGAGAAUUGAGGGUAGCUUGGCUUGGAGAAUUCCUUUCAUUUUGGAAGCGAGUAUGGCUGCGAUACUCGUGUCUGGGAUGGCCUUUAUGCCGUAUUCUCCACGAUGGCUUGUCGAGAGGGGGAGGAUAAAUGAGGCUCGUGCGGUUCUUCAGAAGCUGCGUGCUAGCAGCGAGCUUGUGGAAGAGGAGCUGUGUCUCAUUAAAGGCAGUCUUGAGGAACAGAGCCGGGAACAUGCUUCUUAUCGUGAAAUAUUCCAAAAGCGAUACGUCAGACGGAGCGUUCUUGGUGUAUUUCUGAUGGCCUUUCAGAUGUUAUGUGGGAUCGACGCAGUUCUUUAUUACGCCCCAAUCUUGUUCACUCAGGCUGGUUUUUCAUCGACAAGAGCAGCUUUCCUUGCUUCUGGUAUUUCCGGAAUAAUCAACUUGAUAUUUACGAUACCUGCCCAACUGUGGGUCGACAAGUGGGGGCGAAGAUUUCCUUUGAUCGGUGGCGGUAUUGCUAUUGCUACGUGCUUCAUGGCCAUUGGCGCCUUAUAUGCGACCUAUGGUGGAAAAGCAAACGGAGAGGUAUACCUGAGCGGCAAAGGACCGCAAUGGGCUGUCAUCAUACUCAUAUACAUGUUUGUGGCGAGUUUCUCGUGGUCAUGGGCUGUGGUUAUUAAAAUAUACGCAUGUGAAAUCAUACCCACACGCCUUCGCGCAAAAGCAUGUGCUAUUCAGCAGCUCAGUAAUUGGCUGGUGAAUUUCGUUGUCGCCCUUACGGCGCCACUCUUUCUACGGGCUUCUCCAAGCGGUCCAUAUUUCUUCUUUGGCUCGGCGACGCUGUUCACCACGGUCGUCUGUCAUUUUUUCAUGCCGGAGACUAAAGGGAAGAGUUUGGAAGAAAUUGAGGAUUUGUUUGAGAUGACACCUAGGGCGAUAGGUCACUCAGUAUCGGCGUGAUUAUAUGUGACGCCAGUGCUCGAUCAAGGAAGGUUGAUCAGAGGGUGUCGCUACUUUUGCGCUACGCGCCCCAGUUGUAUGUAUCCCAGAAUGUGCUACGACUUUAUGAUGAUGCCGUGUAUGCAACAUGAAUUUUCCUUCAUAACACAACCGUUCUUACGAUUACAAAAUUACAUACAGAUAACUCCGUGUAAAUCAUCAAGUAACAUGCAUGAUCGCAGGAUCUUAAGAUUAGUUUUGUCUCUCUUUGUUAGUAAGGUUAUGUAUCUAGACAAUGACUAGAAGCC